AUGAUUCGACCGACUUCUUUGCUGCUGGCAGCUCUGGCUUUGACAGCCUUACCUUUCUCAAAUGCUGGUUCCAGUGCUGCUUCUGACGCCUGUGAUCAGAUCGACUCCAAGAUAUCGAGUGCAAGCGAUAUCGUCAGCAAGCUGAACCCCGCUUUCGUGCAUGAUAUUCAUCACUGGUAUCUGUCGUCAAGCCAAAUCCCAGAAUGCGUUUUCGAACCCGGUUCCGUUGAUGACUUGGCCACUGCAAUGGAGAUAAUUAGCUCGACGAGGUCUCCAUUCGCCGUGAAGUCUGGUGGACAUGCAUCUAAUCCAGGAUUUUCAAGCACUCCGGGUGUCCACAUCUCCUUGAAACGCAUGGAUCAAAUCGUGCUUUCUGAAGAUAACUCUACCGUCGAAAUUGGCAUGGGACUUACGUGGGCUGAUGUUUACGAAGAACUGGACGACGCUGGCUACAAUGUUGUUGGCGGCCGUGUGGUUGGCCCAGGAGUCGGUGGUUUCACCCUUGGUGGUGGCUUCUCAUGGAAGACUAAUCAAUACGGCUUGACGUGUGACACGGUCAAGAGCUUCACCUUAGUGUUUCCGAACGGAACUAUCACUCGCGUUGAUUCGGAGCAGCCAGACCUUUUUUUCGCUCUGAAGGGAGGGUUAAACCGUUUUGGAGUUGUCGCUUCUGCUGAGUUCUACACCCACGAACAGCCGCCCCAGGUAUACGGUGGAGUAAAAGUCUACGGAAGCGACGAAAUCGACGCUGUUCUCAAUGCGACCGCUCAGUUCGACGCGGAGAACACCGACCCCAAAGCGCAAAUUAUCACAACACUUCGGGGCGAACCGACCCUUAGAAAGACCAUGAUCAAGCACAGUGGAGUGAGCGUCAGCUACGAUAUUGAACCGUUUCUGAAGACGUGGGGUGAGCAUGCAACGGAGAGCGCCUAUCCUCAUACCAACUCACCACUACCUCUUAACAUGGAUUUUGCUUGGCUCUCGUCUGAUGAUGAUGAGUACUGGUAUAAUGCGAUGCGCUCGUCUGUCAAUCGUUUGAAGGACGUUGCCAUGCAGGAGGGAAUUCACUCCAACUUCACAACCUACCCUAACUACGCCAUCACAAAUACCACAGCUGAGGAACUCUACGGCACUCAGAACGCAGCGCGUCUCCGCAGUAUCCGGAAUCAGGUUGAUCCUGACCGUGUAAUGGAACUCGCAGGUGGAUUUUCUAUUUGA